AUGCCCCCUCAGCCGGGUGUUUUCUCCCUUCCCUAUCCAACUGCAGUCCAUAAGACCCGCGCAUCAGCCAAUGCAGAUGUUGUAGACAUGGCGGCUGCAUAUCAUUCACAGCCCACAGCAGGUCCAAGCAGGAACCACGGUUCUCAGGCUGAGGAUCCCAAGAGAGAGAAAAGAAGGAGAGAGAUGGUGGGCAGGCUUACGAAGGAGAUGGGCGACCGCCGCGAUGACGCCGGAAGGCACUAUGCCGAGACGAUAUCAGACCUACACAGCACGUCUAUACAGCUUUCUACGCGACCGGAGACAUCCCCAGCGUACAAUCUACGACUGUAUCCGGUUUCGUUAGAACGUUCUGCGCUGCUCGCGUCAUUAGUGAGGCAGGAGAAGCAUGCACUGGAGAUCGUGCGGACGGCAUACGAAGAUGAGCGAGAGAAGGUGGAAGAGGACUGGAAGAAAGGUCGGGAUAACAUUCGGCAGCGGCUGCUGGAAGGGAUUGAGGAGCGCAGACGACGUGCGCGGGAAGAGAAAGAGGGAGAGGGGGCAGUGACAGAGACGGGAGGACUAGACUCCCAGUCGCGCACGCACAACACGCGAAAACUACGUAACAAACUUGCUGGCACGUCGCCACCACCAACACCACUUUCAGGCAGCGCCCCGGGGGCCUUCACGAACGGUGUCAUUUCCUCGAUUGCCUCGGGCCCGAUCACAGCCGGCCCGUUCCUCAAUCCACACUCUCUGCACGUUGACGAGCUCCCUUCACCAUUUCCACUUCCGUUGACCUCCACACAUGCUAACCAUAACGCUAGCUACGGUUACGGCGGAAGUGGUGCGGGCGCAGGGAACAGUCGGAGACGGGCGAAGGGAGGCGGGAGAGAGGCACAGACAGUGGGCGGCCUAGGGAAGAGCUUGCUGCUCCUUACUACCAUCAAGGACCAGGAAGUCGAACAGGAUCUCAUCGAGAUUAGACGAGGUAAUAAGCGGAGACGAGUAGCGGCCGCGACUAUGUCAGGGAAGGGAUAG